CACAAAACUGUUUAUUUUAUUAUUACCUAUUUUACAAAUUAUCAAUUCCUAAAAGGAAUCUCGAUAAUGUAUGUAAUUAACAUUCCAUUCACUUUCGAAAUACAUAAAUACCUGGAACUCUUCUAGCGUGGAGGUGUUUAUCAGAAAGGUUUGCCCAGGAUUUACACGGCUGGCCCUGGAGACGUGACCAUGGGAGUUACCCUCGAGAGGGUGCAGUUCAAGUUUGCCUCCAUCAUAGGAGAGCUCUGUAAUGAACCCAAAAUCCUAUCUCAGUUUGCUGUGUGGCUUGACAUGAGACUGGCAGAGUUCAAGCUUAGGGGAUCCAUUACCUUAGAUUGUUCAGGGGAGCCAACUCCUCCAGGCUGGAUGCAGGGCCUCGAGGAAGCCAUUGCUGCAAACCGGCAUAACAAACGCUCGCGGCAGCCUGACUUCACGGACCAGUCUAUUCGCAUCGCAGAUGAAGACGAUGUCAUCGUCACAGAUGAAACCUCUGCGCACCCUCCACAUCCUGUGUCAAUGCACAGUUCAAGGAGCCCUCCAGUUUCUCAGGAAAGACGCAAAGUCUGGAGAAAAAGGGGAGACAACCCUGCAGGCACGCUUCACCAGGACCAGUAUCAUUCUCCUCCCAAAAACUUAAAACUGUCCAGCACAACGGCGGCCAGUGCUGACAUUCACAAUCCUUCUUACACAGAGAGCCUUGUGUCCAUCAUACAGGUACCUGGCUCAGCAGUCGAGGCUGUCCCCAGUUCUGUGUCAUCUGUAAGUGAUCGUGUAAACCUGGCACUGGAUGGCAAUGCUAGUGGGAGAGUUGGGACUAAUGAUUGUCACCAGGGAGAUAUGUCCAAUUUGUCUGUGUACUUUCCACAAAGUUCUGCAGCGUCAUUCUCAGGAAGGGAAAGCAAUCUUUCAGCAGAGAACACAUUGGAGUAUAAUGUGCUCACGUCGAUGAGCGGUGUGCUAAGUCCUUCUGGGUCUACUCCCCAGAAGCGAGAGAGGACGUACUGGUCACACGAGGAAAGGAGAGCCAUUAUUACCAACCUCCUGCCGAUCGUCCAGCGUACGAGAAAACCGCCAACGAAAUCCGACGUGUACGAGUUGUUAGAGAGAGAGCCGGUGCUGGGUACGAGGCAUUGGGAAAAGGUGAAGUUUCAGGCCUGGUCCAUGUACCAGCAGAUGAUGAAACGUCAAAGAAAUAACGCACAAAACUCGCAGGAUACGCCAGCGGAGCCAUACCUUGGAGACACCUGAUGGUUGCCAUGUAGCAACAGAUGGUUUGACGUAAGAAUAACGGUUUAUGUUGCUUCUUGGAGGCACUGGCUUAACCAGGGCAAUGGAGAACAGAUGGCCAACGGUCUGACAGUCUUCAAAUGCCAGUUGAACCAUGACGGCACGUGAUGGUUGACCGUCGAGAGACAUGAACGAACUGAUGGUCAGUCGGGAGACAUACUUCAGCUGUUAACUGAACAGUUGUAACAUCUGACGGUGGACAUAAGCAACAUGCAAGAGCUGAGGGUCAAUCUUCAGGCAAACAUUAACAUUCAGUUGAACCAUGGCACCACUUGAUGGUUGAACGGCAGGGUGAUCUGAAUCAACAGAUAGUCAGUCCCCAAACAAAAUCCAACAUUUAGUUGAUUCAUUGCACUACUUGAUGGUUGAACUCCAGGGGACAUUUACGCGCAAAUAGUCAUACAAAGCGAUGGCACAGAGCCUCUGAGCGCAUGAACUGACACAUGGCAACACCUUAGUCCGGGAACAAUGGGAGGUUUAUCGGUCAGGCCGCAUACAAUCGGUCAGUUU